GAUUUCAUAAAUUUUCUUAGGCGGGUAUUGUCACUUGCGAAGCGAAUUUAUUUGGCGAAGCGAACGCUUUAGCGAACAUACCCCAAUUUUGCAUUGUGAAUGGCGAAUGAACGUAUUCGCUAAAAUACGUCGUUGCCAUUCAUGAAAAAAGUAGUGCGUUCAUCCGAAUUUGACAUUUGUGCCAUUUAUACUUAAAAAUUUUUUUAUUAUAUCAACUGAAAUUUGAAAAUAUGUUUAAUAACGCGGAUCUGUAUUUUGAAGAUAAUUACGAUGUGGAAACGCGAACUAAUCUUCUUCGACAGCGCCGUUUUAUUAGAGAUAAUUCUAAUCCUACAGAGCUACCUAACACAGUAUUCGUUGCGAAUUUCCGCUUGAACAAGGACGCAUUUAUGUAUGUGCUGGAUAAAAUCAAAGACAUUCAUUGUCGGAUGUCGUCUUCCAUAACGCCCAUGUUAAAAUUGUGUGCCGCACUCAGAUUUUUUGCACAUGACAGUUACCAACAAGCUAUAGGGAAUGAAUUUCAGUUGGGACUUGCUCAACCAACAGUUUCCCUUAUUUUAAAAGAGAUCAUACCCAUUUUGGAAAAUGAAAUUUGUCGUACCCACAUAAACGUAGAUACGAGUGAAGAAGAAAAGCAGCAGGCAAGGAGCAAAUUUUAUUCAAGAUCGGGAAUACCAAAUGUAAUAGGCUGCAUCGAUGGAACCCAUAUCGCGAUUUAUGCUCCUACCACAAACAAACACCUCUAUCUAAACAGAAAAGGAUUUUUUAGCAUAAAUGCAAUGAUUGCUUGUGAUCAUGAUAUGAAUAUCCGUUUUGUGGAUGCUAGAUAUGCUGGUUCUACACACGAUUCGUUCGUAUGGAACAAUAGUUCUCUAAAGGCAUGUUUAGAGGCAGCGCAUCAAAAUGGAGAUCAGAACUCUAUUUAUUUAGGUGACUCCGGAUACCCACUAAGCCCUUAUUUAUUAACACCUUUCCGUCAUGCAGAAUCUGGAACUAGGGAGUCAAUUUUUAAUAAGAAGCACGCGAAAGCGAGAAAUGUUGUUGAACGUACGAUUGGAGUUUUGAAAUGCCGUUUCAGAUGUCUUCUGAGUGAUAGAAAAAUGCGCUACGAUCCUGCUAAAGUAACAUCCGUUAUUAAUAUAUGCUGCGCCUUGCACAACAUUUGUAAAAAAUUUAGAAUCGGUGAUCCGGAGGAGGCUGAAACCUUCUUUGAUGCCGUUGUACCAUUGGAACCAAUUAAUGAAAAUGGCAAUGGUUCACCAGGAGAGCGCCGCAGAAGACAAAUUGCUGAUGCUCUGAUUUAAAUGAA